AUGCGACUCCAUAAGUUCCUGGUCAUCUACGGUGUUGUCAUCACUGUGCGGUUCGCUAUGAUCUACACCCAUGACAUGCUGCUCAUUCUCACCCAGACCUUGCAGAUGUACAACUACCAUGGGAGUUCAAGAAUGACCGCCCUUGUCGCUCUUUCUUCAUGCCCGAAGUGGCAGCGGGCCUGCCCAUACGGCUUGCCGCAGCAUUUCAAACUAUGCUGGGAUUCCGAAUUAGCGCAGAGACAAUUCUGGUCUUAUUGCAAAUCGUGA